AGGCAACUGAUGACAACUCGCUUCUCUUGCCUCACUGUACGUCAAGAAAAUGACUUACUAGAUAAUGCAAGUCUUUAAAAAAAGUGAUGCACAGGAAGUGAAAGGAAGAAUCUUUAAAGGCAAUAAGAAUAAUUAAGUUUUGUCGAGAAGAAGAAAAAUAUUUUGGUUAGAUUUAGAUAAGAAUGGAAAUAAUUUAUAGAUAAAAAAGAAGCCAGAGAAAACUUAUGGAAAAAAUGGUACAUCAUGAGAGAGGACUCCACUCCCCUCCCCCUAACCCCAUGGAAAAAAAAUAUGAGCAGAUAGUGAACCCAGGAGAGAUACUUAGCCAAACACAUGAACACGAAGACAAGUAGUGGUUGAGUUGUUUAUUCAGUGUCAUCAUGACGGUAAAGCAGAGGGCCACUCGUAAGUCACCAGGGAGCACCAGUGCUUUUCCAAGACCAGAUAUCAGGAAUGGAUCAGAAAAAGAAAAUGCACGAUCAGGCAUCCGAAUAGACUGGCGACGCAUAGUGACUCGAAUGUUGAUGAUGAUUGGGAUUAUGGUGGCUGUGUACUUCAGUAAAGCAAACAAGACAGUCCAGUUUGCAAAGCAAGAUGAGGAAAUUGGCAAGAAAUAUGUUGAAAUUAGCUGUUCAGAAGAUUAUGCUGAAGAACUCAGACAGUUUAGAGCAGGAAUGGCAGCAACUAGCAAACCAAUUACUCGGGCCACAUCCCUGAUUCGAGCUCUACCACAACUAUAUAAUUCCUCACAGCUGCGAAUAAGUUUACAUUUCCUUCGUUCAGGCUGUAUCCCAAGAAAGUGUGGUAGAAUGGUGUCAGAUUCCCUGAUAAAACCAGGCGAAGUAGCAGCUCUUCGUAAUAUUGCUGAGCGAGGCCUUGCCUUUGGAGGGUCUUCUGGUGGGGCAUCCAUCUUGGAUUUACACUCUGGAGCUCUGUCACAAGGCAAUGCAUUUGUUAACAUAUACAAGCUUGAAACAUCUAGAAAAAUUUUUACAGGUGAAGAUUUCAAAAUCUACAGCUGAAGGACAAGCUGAGGAAGAAAACUGUUCGACUAUCAAGAAGAAAAAAGGAGCUUGUUGAAAGGUUGACUUUUUAUGACUGUAACAAGAACUUCUCACACAAUGAUGUGUACACAAAGAGAUGAACCAGGUGGAAAGGGAAAAAGAGAGAGAACUGAAGAGUGAAGCUAAGGCAAAAACAGAGGAAGGACAGAGAAUGAAAAGAAGUUUUACUGGAGAGUGCUAGACAUGAGACUGAGGAAAUGGUAUAUUCGGGAAAGGGAAGGAAAGCAUUAAGAGUCCUGUAUAUAAACAUAGAUGGGUUUAUAUCAGGAAGUUUGAAAGUGAGAGAUUAUAUAGUGGAGAAAGGGCUAGAUGUUGUAUGUAUGACAGAAAUAAAGUUAUGUGAAGAUG